UAUUUUACAUCGUUUAGAAGAUUGCACAUUUUCAGGACAAAACGGGAGAUAUCCGUAGUUGAAACCCCACAAUCAGCGGGAGACGUCAGCUAUGCGAAAAAGAUAAAUUUGAAACAUGAAAAGCAAAACGAUAAUGAUUAUGAAGAUGGUACGUAUCAAGAUGAUGCCAAAGAGAAACUUCAAGCUUUAAGAAAAGGUAGAAAUUCUACAAUCUUGGCUGAUUUCCACCCAUCAAAUGCUGAAGAGUCCUUCGAUCGUGACACACCCAACUAUUUUAAUUCGCAACAUUCGAAUGAGAGAUUAGGAGAAACAGAAGAAGCGAGCAAUCUCGUGCGUUUACCUCGUAACAUAAACAACGAUCUCGACAGAUAUACCGAUCAGAACGAGGGAUCAAGUUUGUACGACGAUUACGAGGCGAAAGACGUCGCGAAGCGUGGUAUCUUAAAUGGCGAGGAUUACGAAGAAAUGGAAGACGACUCGCCGGAAAUAUCGGAAGACAUGGCUGCGGUACAGGGGUCAACGAAUGAAGUCGACAAGAGGGAAAUACCGAAAGAUGCUCGGGUUAAGAGAGAUCAAGCGGAGAUUUCAGAAAUGCUCGAUAAAUCCAAGUCGAAUCCGGACGAUUCAGCAAAAUUAGAAGAGUCGAAGACUGCGCCACAAAAUUCUUAUUCGCGUGACGUUUCUCGCGUCGAAUUGUCGAAAAGUUUUAACGACGCGUCCAAGUUCAAAGACUUCGGAGCGAAGAACAUCAUUUCAAAAUCAAAUGGUUUCUCCAAGAUCCAGGAACCAGCGAGCAUAGUCGCUGCGUCCAAGAGAGACGAAUCAAACGCGGAAUACGAGAAACGCGUGGAAGAGGAGAUUCAGCGGAAGAUCGAUUCGAUUAAGGAAGAUAUUCGACGAGACAUUGAAGCGCAGCAACGAAUAAGAGACAUCGAGGACAACAAUGCCAAAUUCGACGAAUUGCAGGAUGAAGAGCACGAGGAUGAGGACAGACAGAAUUUCGAGGAUGAACCGAUCGAGAAACGCCAGACUAUAGCCAAAAGAUCCAUACGAGAGAUCGUCGAUGAUGCAGUCGCUUCUUCCAAGAAAGACGAGGAGAAACGAUCUUCGAGAAAACAGUAUAAAAAGCGGCAACAUCGAUCUCAGAUGAGCGAUAGGUCGGAGACUUUGAAGGAGAAUAAAAAUCUGAAAAGACGGUCCGCGACUAAUCAAGAAAAAUCUUUUGAGCAAAUUCCUGCAAAAGAGCAUCUCAAAAAGAAACGCGAACGCGUCAGACAAAUUUUCUUGAUGAAUAAUGAUCAACAUCAGACGAAGAAGAGACAAUUAAGAAGACGCUAUGCGUCGUCAACCGAUCGAAUAGCUAUCGGAUCCAAAAGUGAAUUAUUUAUGAAUCCCGAUUCUCAUCUCCUUACGGAUAACAGAAUGGUAAAGCAAUUAUAAUUAGCUGAAAGCGAACUAAAACCACAAAGCAUUGCGCAAUGUAUUAUUAAAAAUGGAUAUACUGUGCAAAAUAAAUUACACAGUUAUUGCUUAAAGUUAAUAAAAAUAUAAAUACAACGUACAAGGUAUUGGUGGGAGAAAAUUUAAGGAAUGAUUCUAGAUGAGAUAAAAUAACACGAAAAUUAAAAAAAACAAAAUUUCAAUGAAUAUUUCGUUUUUUAAUUAUAAAUGAUCUCUUAUUUUAUCUAGAAUCACUUUUUUCUCACCUGUCACUGAACAUAUACUCACAAUCAGUACAAAAAUAAACCAAGAAAUAAAACUGUUACAGCCUCAAACAUUUUUGUCACCUGAUAGCGAAAAUGAGAAUAACGAGGGAGAACAAAGUCCUGCAGCAGAACACUCCGAUUCUUUAGUGUCUCUUACUGGAAGUUCGCAGGAACUGAGUCCACGUUUAGAAAAAGAAUAUAAAGAAGCCUUUGGUGGAUUACAGAGUGAGCCUGGUAGCGCUUUAGCUAGAUUCAAGAGAAUCAAACGCGUGCUAGUUAAUCCUAACGCAAAAAUUUGAAGUUUUUAUUAAAAUGUAAAAUAACACAGAUUGAUCUUUAAUUUUCAGAGAAAAAAUAUUUUUAUCGUAUAAAAUAAAAUUGCACAAAAAAUAUAACGAUACUUUUAAACUAUGAUAAUAGCAAAUUAAAUAGCAUGAUUAAAUAAUAAGAAUAGGAAUAGAUUUAUGUAAAAAAAAUUAUAUCAUAAAUAUUAAAGGCAAAGUAAUAUAUUUACAAGGAAUAGAUUAUAGCUAAUAAAAGAUAAUAGAGUAAUGAUAUCAAUUACGAAAUAAUCUGAGAUUGCGUGUCGAUCUAAUUGCAAUUUAAAUAAACAAUACAUAAAUUCUUGACAUAAAAGUGCAUAAUUAUUUAUGAAUCUCUGCUGAUUAUAUAAAUUUAAAAAAAAAUCAAAAUAUUUCUUUUUAUUUAAUUAUUCUUGCCUCAUAGGGUAUUGAAAAAAAUUUAUAAAUAGCAUUCAGAGAGCACAUUUUUACCAAUCUUUAUAAAGCAGAAUGAUUAUCUAGAUAAAUUAGUAUUCGAUCACACAUCAUAUAUUUGAAUCAACAAUAUCAUAAGUUAAAUUAGUUCAAAUUAUAAUAGGUAAGUUUCG